CAUGUCAGACGCGGCUGUGGACCCCAGCUCCGAGAUCACCACCCAGGAUUUGAAGGAAAAGAAGGAAGUCGUGGAGGAGGCAGAACAGGAGGCUGACAAUGAGGUAGAUGAAGAAGGAGAAGGUGGGGAGGAAGAGGAGGAGGAGGAAGAAAGUGAUGGGGAGGAAGAGGAUGGAGAUGAAGAUGAGGAGGCGGAGGCAGCUACGGGCAAGCGGGCAGCUGAAGAUGAUGAGGAUGAUGAUGUUGAUACCAAGAAGCAGAAGACCGAUGAGGAUGACUAGACAGCAAA